UGUGCAGCGCAGCGGUCGCCGGUGCGCUGUGUCCCUUGGACACAGCGGAUCACGGAAAGAGCCGAAGAUGUCGGCUCGGUCAUGUGAUCAGCUGUGUCCAAUCACAGCUGAUCACAUGUCACUGAUGAUCAGUGUGCCCUGAUGAUCAGUGUGGCCCCAGAAGUGCCACCUAUCAGUGCCACGUGCCAGUGCCCAUCAGUGCCACAUCAAUGCCACAUAUCAGUGCAUACGAGUGCACAUCAAUGCCGCAUAUCAGUGCCCAUCUGAGCUGCCUUUCAAUGUCACCCAUCAGUGCCAGUCAGUGCCACCUAUCAGUGCUGCCAAUCAGUACUACCUAUCAGCGCCAGUCAGUGCCACCUAUCAGUGCC